UGCACAGUCCGGUGAGUCACCGUCCGCGCUGAAAUACAGAGAGCGCGAGAGAGAGUGGCGGAUAGCGAACGGGAAAUAACUGGAGCUGCGAGCAUGGCGGUCGAAGAGGAAGGUCUUCGGGUUUUCCAGAGUGUCAAAAUAAAAAUCGGUGAAGCAAAGAACAUCCCUCCAUAUCCGGGUCCGAAUAAAAUGCGGGAUUGUUACUGCACAGUCAACCUGGACCAGGAGGAAGUGUUUCGAACCAAAACCAUAGAGAAGUCUUUAUGUCCGUUCUACGGCGAGGACUUUUAUUGUGAAAUCCCACGCAGUUUCCGCCAUCUGUCCUUUUACAUCUUUGACAGAGACGUGUUCAGGAGGGACUCCAGCAUCGGUAAAGUGGCCGUGAAGAAGGAAGACCUGCAAAAAUACCACGGUAAAGACCACUGGUUCCCGCUGCAGCCGGUCUGUGCAGACUCAGAGGUGCAGGGAAAGGUUCACCUGGAGCUGCGUCUCAGUGAGGUCAUCACAGACAGCGGAGUCGUCUGCCACAAGCUGGCAACACGGUCAGAAGCCAAGAAGACGAAGGUCAAACGGAAAACCAACAAUCCUCAGUUUGAUGAGGUCUUCUUUUUUGAGGUGACAAAACCGCUGAGCUACACCAAACGACAGUUUGACGUGGAAGAGGACGACGUGGACAAGCUUGCGCUUAAGGUGGAUCUGUGGAACGCCAGCAAUCUGAAGUUCGGAGACGAGUUUCUCGGAGAGGUACGGGUGCCGCUGAAGGUGCUGGGACAGUCAGGUGUUCAUGAUGCAUGGUACUUCCUGCAGCCAAGAGAUAAUGGCAAUAAAUCGGUGAAGGCCGAUGAGCUGGGCUCGUUACGACUCAACAUCGUUUACACGGAGGACCACGUGUUCCCCACAGAGCAUUAUAACCCACUCCGAGACCUGCUGCUGCAGUCCGCGCAUGUCGAGCCCGUCUCUGCGUCCGCGGCUCACAUCUUGGGCGAGGUGUGCCGUGAGAAGCAGGAAGCCGCUGUCCCGCUGGUGCGACUCUUCCUGCAUUAUGGCAAAAUCGUGCCUUUCCUCAGUGUCAUUGCCCACGCAGAGAUCAACCGCACACAGGAUCCCAACACCAUAUUCCGGGGGAACUCUCUGACGUCCAAAUGCAUUGAUGAGACCAUGAAGCUGGCAGGGAUGCAUUACCUGCGGGUCACACUCAAACCCAUCAUUGAUGAAAUCUGCACUGACCACAAACCUUGUGAGAUCGACCCCGUCAAGCUGAAGGAGUCUGAGAACUUAGACACAAACAGGGAAAACUUACGGCAGUACGUGGACCGGAUCUUUAACGUCAUCACCAGCUCGGGUGUGAGCUGUCCGACAGUCAUGUGUGACAUCUUCUUUUCGCUGCGAGAGUCUGCGGCGUCACGCUUUCAGGUCGACCCGGAUGUGCGCUACACGGCUGUCAGCAGUUUCAUCUUCCUCCGUUUCUUCGCUCCUGCCAUCUUGUCACCGAACCUCUUCCACCUGCGGCCGCAUCACCCGGAUCCGUGCACGUCUCGGACACUGACUCUCAUUUCCAAAACCAUCCAAACACUGGGAAGCCUGGCCAAGUCCAAAUCUGCCAAUUUCAAAGAGUCCUACAUGGCCGCCUUCUAUGACUACUUCAAUGAGCAGAAGUACGCCGAUGCAGUAAAGAAUUUCCUGGAUCUGAUCUCGUCCUCGGCCCGCUGGGAUCAGAAGAGCAUUGAGACGCCCAUCAUGCUGAAGGAAGGAUUCAUGAUCAAACGAGCUCAAGGGCGAAACCGCUUCGGUCUGAAGAACUUCAAGAAGAGAUGGUUCCGCUUGACCAACCACGAGUUCACCUACCAUAAAACCAAAGGAGAGGGUGCUCUGUGCAGCAUCCCUAUUGAGAACAUCCUGGCUGUAGAGAGACUAGAGGAAGAGUCCUUCAAAAUGAAGAACAUGUUCCAGGUCAUCCAGCCAGAGAGGGCGCUCUACAUCCAGGCCAAUAAUUGCGUGGAGGCCCGUGACUGGAUCGACAUCCUAACCAAGGUCAGUCAGUGUAACUGCAAGCGUCUGAGCACGUACCACCCGUCGGCCUACCUCAACGGACACUGGCUCUGCUGCAAGCUGUCUGCGGACACUGCGCCCGGCUGCACGCCCUGCACAGGGGGACUUCCUGCCAACAUCCAGCUGGACGUGGAUGGAGACAGAGAGACGGAGAGGAUCUACUCGCUCUACAGCACGUACAUGUCCAAACUAGUGAAGAUGCAGGAGGCCUGUGGCAGUAAGUCGGUGUACGAUGGCCCAGAGCAGGAGGAAUACUCCACGUUUGUGAUCGACGACCCGCAGGAGACGUAUAAAACCCUGAGACUCGUCAUCUCAGCCGUACAGACACUGGAGCAGCAGCACAUGCAGUACAAACGAGACAAGUUCAGGAAAACCAAGUACGGCAGCCAGGAACAUCCAAUCGGUGAUCAGAGCUUCCAGUGUUACAUCCGCCAGCAAUCAGAAAGCUCCACCUACUCCAUCUGACCACGCCCACUGCAGACACUGCACAGUCUCCACGGCAACAGUCGCAUCUCAGACAGGAAACACUUGAGUUGUGAUUGACAGGAAGGUGGCCACAGACAAAAGCUAAACCUCUGGUGCUUUUAUAUGAUUUUAAUCAGCCAACAGCUUCCUCUGAAUGGCCUCACACGCACCUGUGGACCAUGUAGCUCCGCCUCACGGCACGUUAUAACAUUUUAUGAUGUUUUUAAGCUAGGAGACGACCAGAUGUCCUCUAGCUGUGGAUGUUUUUAUAAACAGAGUAUUGGGCCAAAGGACAGAUCCCACAAUCCUUUGCUUUGAAAGGGUUUUUGAGAUGUCGGUGGAUGUGAGACCUGCGGCUGAACCUGAGGAACUGUAACCAUGUUUUUAACUCAUGUAGAAAUAUUCUGCUCUGUUUCUGCCUGCACUUCCCCUUACUCACCCAUGUGUCAUCAUGCCAGCUGAAGCAGUGCUGCAUUGUGGGAAAUGUGUCAUAUUGUGUGUGUUAAAGCAUGCAGACGUCCUUAUGCCAGCCGUUUCCAGCAUGUGGCGUCACGCUAAACCACUUUCUGAUGGUUAGUGGGUCCAGUUGUGUUCAGCAUCACAUUUGUGUUUUUAUACUUUCUGUUGUGUCUCACAGCUUGUGUGUGUUUGAAUCUGAAGCAAGCGUGCAUGAGUGUGUUUCAAUGAUUAAUUAUGAUUAAUAACUCCCAUUUUAUCACAUUACACGUUAUAGAGACCUUUGAUAUGAAUGUGAUUAUUUUGAUGCAUUUCAUGAAAUCUGUCAAGAUCAUGCCCUGCUCAUAUUUCACCCUAAAAUCAAAUCUAGCUAUCUAUCUGUAUAUAUAUAUAUAUAUAUAUAUACAUACAUACACACACACACACACACAUUUAAGCUUAAAGAAACUGAAAGACAUUUUACAAGCAUUAAGAGUUUUUGCUAUGCAAAAUAUUUUACUGUAAUGUAUGGUAGAACCUGUUUCUGCUACAAAAUAAAUUAAAAAA